GUACACUGCCUUUGCGCUACAUACAGUCAAAAAUCCAUUUCGUCUCCUUCCUUCCAUAUUAUUCGGCGAGAGACGACAGACCUUAUCGGCUUAUCUUUCUACUGCUGCAAACAGGCUAAUAAGAGCACAAAAGGCAUAGAGAGAGAUGAUUACAAGCAGCCAACAGAAUAUCUUCUGAACAUAUUAUUAUUGAUUUUCUCCAUUUCCCACCUUCCUCCCCCACACAAGAAAGAGAAUCGCAGAGCUUUCCGCCGAGACAAGUAGAGAGGAGAGAUAAGUACUGAUCAUCAAAAGUUUCGACACCGACCGGUGUAUGGUGGCCAUAACGACUUCCAACUUUUCACGAUUUUGAAGCUGUAGUUUCAGAUAUUAGAGAAUGUAUCACUGCGUGCCGGAUUUCGAAAUGGACGACAAUUACUCGAUCCCCUCAUCAAAUGGCGUUGGUCGCCCCAGAAAAUCGUCUUUGCCUGAGGACGAGAUCAUGGAGCUGCUAUGGCAGAACGGUCAGGUGGUGAUGCACAGCCAGAACCAUAGGUCAACGAGAAGAUCUCCGCCGUCCAAGUACGACGACGCCAUGAUCCCAGGGGAGCAAUCGACGGCCAGGGAGAUCCGAUCGGAACAAGAACUGGCCGCUCACAACCAGCACAACCAGAACUCCCAGCCGUUCAUGCAAGAAGACGAAAUGGCUUCGUGGCUUCACUACCCUCUCGUGGACGACGACCCUGCCUUGGACCACACUUUCUGCGCCGACCUUCUCUACCCGGGUAACAAUCUCGGCAAUAAUAGCAACAGUACUAACCCUACAGUCCGUACGAACAGCGAUACGGAGGUCCAUCCGGCCGUGACGUCGGAGGUGGGGAUCGCUCUGCCGCCGAUACCGCCGGCAAGGAGGACGGAGCUGGCGGAGUCGAAGGUGCAGAACUUCGUGCACUUCUCGAGGCACAAGGCGAAGGUUGCUGGAGGAGAACGACUCGAUCAAAACGCGCCGUCGAGCUCGAGAAGCCCGGCGGUAGUGAGGGAAUCGACGGUGGUGGACUCCAGCGAUACGCCGGCGGUGUGGCACGCGUUGGACGCCGGCGAUCGAGGCUGCGCGACCAAGAACGGCGAUGCAUCGGCGGGCACAUCGUCCGCCGGAGGUGGCGGUGUUAGUGGUAUGAAGGAGAUGUCGACGUGUGAUGUGACCGUGUCGUCAUCACCCGGCUGCUCCAGCGCCAGCGCCAGCGCCGAGCCGGCUCUGAAGCCGCAUGCUGAGGAUCGCAAGCGUAAAGGACGAGAAGCCAACGACACCGAGUGCCAAAGCGAGGAUGUUGAGUUUGAAUAUGUGGAUACAAAGAAACAGGCUCGUGGAUCAACGACUACAAAGAGAUCCCGAGCUGCAGAGGUCCACAAUCUUUCGGAGAGGAGACGUCGAGAUAGGAUAAAUGAGAAGAUGAAAGCUUUGCAAGAACUCAUACCUCGUUGCAACAAGUCAGACAAAGCUUCAAUGUUAGAUGAGGCAAUUGAGUACUUGAAGUCUCUUCAAUUGCAAGUACAGGCGUCAUGCUUAUUCCAGAAGUUUUAUGGACAGAACCAGAGUCAUAUUCCUAUGAUGUCCAUGGGAUGUGGCAUGGUCCCCAUGAUGUUUCCUGGUGUCCAGCAGUAUAUGCCAGCAAUGGGGAUGGGUAUUGGGAUGGGUAUGGGCAUGGAAAUGGGCAUCAAUCGGCCUAUGAUGCCAUUUCCCAAUCUGUUAGCUGGUUCAUCAUUGCCAACCCCAUCUGCAGCAGCUCAUCUGGGACCACGAUUUCCAUUGCCUGCUUUUCAUAUGUUACCAGUUCCUGCACCUGAUCCUUCCAGAAUGCAAGCAGCCAACCAGUCAGAGCAGAUGCUAAACUCACUAGGCGCACAGCUACCAAGCCAGUCACGGUUCCCAAAUUUUGUCAAUCCUUAUCAGCAAUAUGUUGCUACCCAGCAGAUGCAGGUACCACCACAGCAGAAUGAAGCACUAGCCCAGCCAAGUAGUAGCAAGCCAAGAGCCAAUAAGGGACCUGAAAAUCUCGACAAUCGCCAAUGAGGAUUCCUGGCCAGCUGAGGAUGCACAAGUUGAGGCAAUCUGUUCUGUAGUUUGUGCCCGCUACUCUCUGAAUGGUUGAAGUUUUGAUCCGAAGGAUUGCAGGACUCUUGCCUGUUUAAGUUUUGUAGUAUGCGAGAACAACACAUUUUUGAGAGCAGCUUUCCCGGACGACUGGUACAUCAUAAAGCGACUAACAUGUAAAUUACUGACACCCCCAUAGUAAAAUAGAGUUCUUUUUUCCUGUAUCAGUUCUGUAGCCCUUUCCCUGUUGUUGUCAGGAUUUGGCUUAGGUGCUGUAAAAAAAACUAUGCUGUUGUAUGUACGUUGUAUGUUAUUAUUAUUAUUAUUAUUUGAAAUAAGGAAUGUUAGAAUAUAUGGAAGGGGGAUGUUAGAAUAUAUUUUUUGUUGGUGUAUUUUAUUAUAAUAAUAUUUCCCAUUUAGGUUUGA